AUUCAGUUGCCACUGAACCGGCGGACUGUGCGCAUCUCGCGUGUGAGGUGAGAAAAAAACAAAAGGAAAAAGAAACCGGAAAAAAGUCUUGCUUGAUGAAGAUGUUUUUUUCUGCACGUGCGGGCGGUUUGAUCAUUGAGUGAGAGACACCGUGUCGCCGGGAAUGAUGUGCUGUCUGUGAGGGUGUGUGGACAAUUCCUGCCAAGUGGUUCCGUCCACCAGGGAGUGCCCGGAGAUGACAGAGAGACCCUUCUAUGCCGUCCUGCCGCAACAGCUGAGAUUCAACGACGAGAUCGUCCUCAAAGGGAAGAUCAAAGACGACGCUGUAGUGUUCUCUGUGAAUUUCUGCCUGGAAUCGAGUACAACACCAUCCUACAUUGCCUACCACUUCAAGACAAUCUUCACGGUGGAUCGUGACGUUGGGGUGAUUCAGAAUCACAAAAAUUACGCCUGGGGCGAGGAGACGGUCAGCUCAAAUACGUGGUGCGACGGACCCGGAGAGGAGUUCAUCCUCACGUUCCUCUUCACGAAUAGAGACAUCACCGUGUACACGGACGACGACAAUAGGUGCUUCCAGUACAAGUACGAUCAUCAGCUGGACAUUGCGGACAUUAAGACAGUUCAGAUUUGGGACGAUCUCGACUACAUCACCGAAGUUAUCUUCCGCUACAAGCAUCCCAGUCAGAAUAACGUUUAGAGGCAGCUUGAAAAGCUUUUUUCAUUUCAUUUCAUUUCAAAAGCAAAUCUCCCGCGCUUCGUGGAAAAAAAGCGCGGGAUUGAGUAAAAUGUUCGCCGAAUGCAAUUUCACUACAUAACUAUAUAUGUAUAGUAUGUUGUGUAUGUAUAUAGUUGUGCCUCCAUUAACCCCCGUGCAGCUGCCCACGCUUCCCGCCACUCUUUCUUUUUUAUUUUCCCGGGAAAGCAAUCAACCCACACACCACGUAAGACGUUCAACAAUUUGAAUUUUUAAUUUGUUUUUAUAGAGAAUUAUCGUAUUAUAUAUAGUAAAAGAAUGAUUAAGAAUUUCA